GCUACGGCGGGCGGGCCUAGGGGGCAGGGCCGCGGGCGAGCCGCCGCCGGAGCGCCGGCGUCGCAGCUCGGAUCCCGCUCUCCUCGUCGCCGCGGUGGUGCAGCCGCCCGCGGAACAUGGCGCCGGGGCGGUUCUGGCGCUGCUGCCAGCGCGGCGUGGGCUGGGUGCCGGUGCUGUUCAUCGCUUUCGUGGUGGCCUGGUCCUACUACGCGUACGUGGUGGAGCUGUGCGUGUUUACUCUCUCUGGAAAUGGAGAAAACGGAAAGGCCGUUGUUUACCUCGUGACUUUCCAUCUGUCCUUUGUUAUGUUUGUAUGGUCCUAUUGGAUGACAAUUUUCACAUCUCCCGCUUCCCCUUCCAAAGAGUUCUACUUGUCCAGUUCUGAAAAGGAGCGUUAUGAAAAGGAAUUCAGCCCAGAAAGACAACAAGAUAUUUUGAGAAGAACAGCAAGGGACUUACCUAUCUACACCACAUCAGGCUCCAGAACCAUCAGGUAUUGUGAGAGAUGCCAGCUGAUUAAACCUGACCGUGCGCAUCACUGCUCAGCAUGUGACAUAUGUAUUCUUAAGAUGGAUCAUCACUGUCCUUGGGUGAACAACUGUGUGGGAUUUUCUAAUUACAAAUUCUUCCUGCUGUUUUUAUUGUAUUCCCUAUUAUAUUGCCUUUUUGUGGCUACAACAGUUUUACAGUACUUUAUAAAAUUUUGGACGCUUUGCCGCAGGAAGUCUACAGAGAGUUGUCCACAGAAUGAACUCCCAGAUACACGUGCCAAAUUCCACGUACUUUUUCUUUUCUUUGUAUCGACGAUGUUCUUCAUUAGCGUCCUGUCACUCUUCAGCUACCACUGUUGGCUGGUUGGAAAAAACAGAACAACAAUAGAAUCAUUCCGUGCACCCACAUUUUCAUACGGACAGGAUGGAAAUGGGUUCUCUCUUGGACACAGUAAAAAUUGGAGACAAGUCUUUGGCGAUGAAAAGAAAUAUUGGCUACUUCCAAUAUUUUCAAGUUUGGGUGAUGGUUGCAGUUUUCCAACUCGCCUUGUGGGCAUGGAUCCAGAGCAAGCUUCUGUUACAAACCAAAAUGAAUAUGCCAGAAGUAUUGGCUCAAAUCCACCCUUUCCUGUCAGACCGCUUAGUGAAUCAAAAAACCGAUUGCUGGACAGUGAAUGUCAGUGGACAGAGAAUGGAUCUGAGGAAGGCACUGUAAGAUCAGGGACAAAUAACCAUGUUACAGUGGCCAUACAAAAUUGAGUUCCACUUGUUCAUAACUAACCAAUUGACUAAGAGCAAGGUUUAUAAAAACAUGUUAUGACUGAUAUUUUCAGUAUCACUUGCAAGAUGAUCAAUGGAAGGAAGUAAUUGAAGCAUAACGGAAGAUACAUUUUUUCAGAGAGGAAGUCUUUGUACAGACCUCGGGGCCCACGAAGCCCUUUGCAGAGCACGAAGAUGCCUUCAUCUUAAAGAAGCCCAGCGCAGCUUCCAGUUACAAGAGUGACUUCAUUUACUUGCAAAUAACACUUGCCUGUCGUGAGAUGCUAUAAGGAGCUGUCAGAUCACAUGUUCACAUGGCAGACGUACUUUUUAAUACCUGAGUUACAUUACCAGAGUUGUUUCUUAGUGUCCAUAAAAAUUUUCACUCCUGAAACAAGCUGAAAACUUGUCUAAGUGAAGUACAUCUAGGGCAGGGUGGUGGCCAGAAGUGAGUCCCAAUUCCUGUUGCUGAACUGUGUAAGGAAAAGAACAGAACUGCUUUUUAAAAAAUGGGUGUUUGCUAAUUUAUAAUUACUGUUUUAAACUUUUCAACAUUUUUAAUACAGAUUUUUUAUUGUUGGCUACACAGUAACACUCAAGGAUUAAAAUAUCUAAAUGUAAUGAUUGAAAACAUGUAGCACAUUUGUAUAAUUGGUAUAAUUCAUAAUGGUAUGCCCAAGGCCUCAAGGAAACUUGGCAGUAUAAGAAAUAUUUUUGUUUCUGUCUGCUUUCAAAUUACCUUUUUGUUGAAUUUUUAUGAGUAUAUGGGCAGGGAAACACAAAGGUAUAUGUGCUGUGGAAAUAUUGGACACAGAAGGAAUGGGUAGAAGUGGCUAGAAGAAAAGUAAAGAGAAUAAUAGGCAGGCUAUUAAAAGCUGUUAAAAAUAUUUUAGUUCUAAGGUCUGUAGGAUCAAAUUUCAAUUUAGGUAUUGAUGAAAAAUUACUUCAAAACUUUUACAGUAAUUUAUUAACACCUUAAUCAGUGACUUGAAAUGAAAUUUGAAGUAGGGUGAAACUCUUUAGAAUAAUACUGCUCUCAGGAAAGAAAUUCUAACCUGAGAAGUCAUUUGAAACUUCAGUCUCUUAGCCUUGCAAGGGUCCCGAAAGACAUCAUCCAGUCCAGCUUUCCCCUGUGGACACUUUCUCUAUAACAUUCAUGGACGUGCCAGCUCUCAUGUGGAAUACUUCCCAGCAUCUCUAUCAACCAAAAUAUUAGAAAAAUUAGAAUGGCAUAUCCACUUCAUUAUUUUUGUCAGUUGUAUUUUAUUCAAAUCUUAUUUUAGGUUUAUCUCAAAAAAAGCCAAAAAAAAAAUCAAAAAAGAAAACGUGUAUCAUUGUGUUUCCUUGCCCAUAUACUCAUAAAACUUCAACUGGAUGCCACUCUUAAAUGCAAAAUAGUAAAUCUGACCUCCUAAGGGUAAUCUCUUUCUGCCCACACACCCUCUUCUCUUUUUGAAAUCCAGUCUAAGUGGCAAGAAAUGUUGCAUUAAUUCUAAAGAAAAAUACAGUAUCAUAUAAAGGACAAACAGUGUAGAAAUGUUUAUACUUUUAAGUCAGAUAUGUACACACAACCCAAAAUAAUUGAUUUCCUUCUAGUAGUGGAUACAGACAAAUCUUAACCAGCGUCUAUAAGUAUCAAGGGUUAUAGUUUACCUAUGUGUAAAAUGGGAUUAUAGGGAGGGGUGUUAAGGAAUGAGUUGGACUGGAUAACAUGUAACAUUCUUCAAUUUCUAAUUUUGCAAAAUAACCUUAUUUUUUAUUCAUCCAACACAUAUUUUCGGAGUACCUUCUGUACGCCAAACAGCGUACAAGGGAAUAGCUCUAAUGUCUAAUGUUGCACAGGUUUUAUAGUCAACUAUUCCAGGUUUAGAAUUUGUCGGAUUUGUCUAAUUCCAUUGGCUAAUACUAAUAUUAGGUUUUAAAAGAAAUUAACUUUUCUUCCCUUUGAACCAAAGGAAUGCAUUAGCUUUGAAAAUAUAGUUUGGAAAACUAGAAUGUUGAUUCGCCUACCUUUAUUUUAACUCUGUAGCUUAAUAAUCUUGAUUCUAGGAAACCUUUAAGUAUAAGACUGCUUAAGGGAUAUCAGUUACCAACUGAAAACAUCACUUCAGUUUGGCAGCUCUCAUAUUAUAAGGAAAUAGUGUUUAAACUUACUGCUUUCAGAAACAUUCUCCUGGUACUUUUUGUAUUUCUACAUUUAAAUAAAAGGUUAUUAUGCACGUACCUGAUUAAGCACCUAGCAAACAGUUUUCCCCUUGAAUGUAUUCAGGCAUUUUUGUGGUGUUGGAAUCUUUCUCAGUUCUUUUCAUUCCCCUUAUUUAAUAUCAUCUUUAGUAGCAUGUUUAAAAAAGUUUAGUAGCACUUUUUGGACAUUUUCAGUGAAAGCCUUUUUUUGUUUUGUUUUGUUACAUUUGGUUUAAUUUAUGGCCAACAUUCUGCCAUGUUCUGAAUACUAUUUGGCUGGGUUUACUCAUCCAUAUUGCAAGGGCCUCCCGGUGGUGUGGGGGUCAGGGAAAGGCUUCCUCUGGUAUCUCAGCUGGUAUUGAUUAGUUAGCAUUCUGGGGAGAAAGGUCUAAAUGAAGCCCUGUGAGAAUUUAUUGGUACUGUUUUGGUCCUUCAAACACUUGAACAGAUGUGAUGAUACUUAAGAAAAAUAAAGUUGAAUUUCAGGUCUUGCCAUUGCCAUUAAAAAACAAAUGUAGACAGGAGAUUGGUUUUCCCUGGGUACAAACUUACCUGAAUAUUCAGUACCUGAGGCAUCCAGCCAGUAUCACUUCGCCAAACCAAAGAGCAGCUGUGGUAGAGUAGUUACUAAACAGAACACGUUUACAGAGUUCAGUCAUCUUUACAUAUGGAUGAUUUUUAAAGUGCAUAUUUAAUGAUUAUGAUUCAAUGUGUCCUAAGUUAAUUUAACUAAGGUUAGUUGAAAUCAAAUAUGCAAUGUUUACUUGAGUUUUAUUUCUGUUCGAAAGCAGAUUUUGACUUUGUUUACAGGAUUGUUUAAAUUCAAGAUCAUCAGACAUGAGAGAUUUCAAUUCAGUAAUCUUUAAAGCAAAUGUAUAUUAAGGGCUUGGUGUUAGGGUCUGCAUAUUGGGGGCACUGAAUACAGUGACUUACAAAUAUGUGUAGCUUAUGUUUUGUUCUAGAACUAGCACUGCUAUCAAUGGAAAGUAUUUUUAAUCUGUUAAGAUAUUGAUAUUUUUGCAUUUCAGCCAACAUAAAGACCAUAUCUAAUAAUCUGUAAGGUAUAGGUAAUACAUAAGCCUGAAAUCCGUGUUUCAUAUAAUCUGAACUAUAUUUUCCAGUUUAAAUUAAAAAUGCAGUAUAGAUCCAGAAAGGUCCAUAUUUUUCUAACGAGUUCACUUUAUAUCAUUUUAUUGUGUUAUAUAAAGCAAGGAUUUGUAUUUAUAUUAAAACCUUGAGAAAGCUAUUGGUCAAGUUUAUUAUAUUUGUACGUGAUUGCAGAUGAGUAUGCCCACUUAAAAGAAAAGAUGGACACUAUUUUAACGUGAUCUUUAAUAAGUUUUUAUAUAAACAAAUUUGAAAUACACUGUACUUGGUUGUCUUUACUUAUCAAGUCCCAUAGUCUCGUAUUUGUUUCUCAUAGGUAUAACCCGGAACCAUGACUCAAUGUUAAUUCUCUGCUUUGUCUUUUGGAUGGCCUAACCUACAUUAACAUGAAGGCUGAACAUUUUAAACUUUUUUUCAAAAAUCAUAAUUACUUUAUUAAUAAAGAAAUGAAAAUGAA